AUGGUAAACACCAAGGCAUUCUUUGAUGUUGAGUACGCCCCUGUGGGCACCAGCGCCAAGAAGGUUGGCCGCAUCAACUUCAACCUCUACGAGGAUGACGUCCCCAAGACCUCUAAGAACUUCCGUGAGCUUUGCACCGGGAAACACGGCUUUGGUUACAAGGGCUCCAGCUUCCACCGUGUCAUCCCCAGUUUUAUGCUCCAGGGAGGUGACUUCACCCGUGGCAACGGCACUGGUGGUAAGUCCAUCUACGGUGAGAAGUUCCCUGAUGAGAACUUCAAGUUCAAGCACAACAAGCCCGGUCUUCUUUCCAUGGCCAACGCUGGCCCCAACACCAACGGCUCCCAGUUCUUCAUCACCACCGUUGUGACCUCCUGGCUCGAUGGCAAGCACGUUGUCUUCGGCGAGGUUGCCGAUGCGGAGUCCAUGAAUGUUGUCAAGGAGAUUGAGGCCCUUGGCAGCAACUCUGGAGCUCUCCGCUCUAACGUCAAGCCCACCAUCGUUGACUGUGGUGAGCUGUAA